GAUUUGGUUUGGUUCAGAGCGAUAUUGCAUAUGGAUUAGCCUUAAGGACCCAGAUCAGCGGUGGCAAUAACGUGUACCGGGUGGAGACAGCCGAGCUACACCUAUUGUGUGCUGCACCGCUUACCUUUGUGAUAAAAAUGUCUCUCCUCCCAUGUACGCAGCCUCAGCCAGACUCGCAGGAAAAAGCCCUUGGGGAAUGAGCAAGGCAACCCUCCCUCUGCCCUGCUGGAGUGGAUUUUUUUAGGUACAAACCCAAGAGAAUCAGUAAAAAAGGAUCCCUGCCGCAGCCGUACCAGCCACGAGGAGCAGGAGGGUGUGUUAGAGCACAGCAGCUCUUGCAAGGACCUGCCUGGUGGAAAAGGGGGGGGUCGGGGUGGGGUGUGAGUGCCUGGACGUGACUCUGACCCCCCGGGUUGGCUCUGACACCCCCAGGCUGGGUGCUGGGUGGUGCUGAAGGGACAGCGCCGGCUCCUCUGUCCCAGCCCGGGGGGUCCUGGUUCCAGCUCCUCUGUCCCAACCCGGGGGGUCCCGGUUCCGGCUCCUCCAUCCCAACCCCAGAGGCUCCCCCGGCCCCCCAGCCCUCGCUCUCUGUCCCCUUGUCUCAUCUGCUGUGAGCACGGGGAAGAGCGGAGAGACGAGGGGCUGCUGCUCUGUCUCCUCCUCUAGAAACCCGCAUUCAGCCGGAGCCGCCUUUGGCUGCAUCCCCUGAUCCCCCGCGGGGAGAGACUGGGGGCUUCUGGCAUUGCACAGACUUAAUUGACUAGCAAGGUCACUAAUUUCGGCUCCUGGAGUGCCAUCAAUCAACCUUUUUCCCCCUGAAGAGGGUCUACCCGAGUCACGGCACCAGCGAUGCCCCAAAACCCAGAAACAUGAGUCAGCAUUUUGCCACCCACUCGCCCCACUAACCCAACCGCGAUCUCAUCUGCUCUCCGCCCUCCGUCUCUGCUGCCUGGAGAAAAGUGAGGAACAAUAGCAUUCCCAGAGCACUCCCUGACUCCACCAUUGCGGGGCUAGGGGGGGAAGGAUCCUUUCUCCCCUGCCUUCGGAACACGCCUCCGGAGCAGCCAGAGCAGGGAGACCACACAAGCCAUGGCUGAAAGGAAGCAGUCUGGCCAGCAAGGCGAGGAAGAAGUGCCAGCCUUCUUCAAAAACCUGGGCUCGGGCAGUCCCAAACCCCGACAGAAAUUCUGUGGCAUGUUCUGCCCGGUGGAAGGCUCCCUGGAGAACAAGACCAUCGACUUCGACUCCCUCUCAGUGGGCCGCGGAUCUAACAAAGUCGUGGCAAAGCAGAAGGAUGUUGCCCACCUGGGUCCGGAUGCUCAAUCCGUCUAUUCCAGGCAGAGCGCGAAGGGAGGGGAACCAUCUGUUGAUUUCGGGAGAAAGGUGGAGAUCAGGACUGCCACUGGGAAGGAGGCGCUGCAGAAUCUGAAUGACAAGAGUGAUCGCCUCUUGAUCAAAGGUGGUAAAAUAGUUAAUGACGACCAGUCUUUCUAUGCAGACAUUUAUAUGGAAGAUGGCUUGAUAAAGCAAAUAGGAGAGAAUCUGAUUGUGCCAGGGGGAGUGAAAACUAUUGAAGCCCACGGCAGGAUGGUGAUUCCGGGAGGCAUUGACGUUCACACCCGCUUCCAGAUGCCGGAGCAGGGGAUGACAUCUGCAGAUGACUUCUUCCAAGGGACCAAGGCUGCGCUGGCUGGGGGCACCACCAUGAUCAUUGAUCACGUAGUUCCUGAGCCAGGGACCAGUUUGCUGACUGCGUUCGACCAGUGGCGAGAAUGGGCAGACAGCAAAUCCUGCUGCGACUACUCUCUGCACGUGGAUAUCACCGAGUGGCAUAAAGGUGUCCAGGAGGAGAUGGAAGCUCUGGUUAAAGACCAUGGUGUGAACUCCUUCUUGGUUUACAUGGCUUUCAAAGAUCGCUUUCAGCUAACUGAUUCUCAGAUAUACGAGGUCCUGAGUGUAAUCCGGGAUAUUGGUGCAACAGCACAAGUGCACGCUGAAAAUGGUGACAUUAUCGCUGAGGAGCAGCAAAGGAUCCUGGAACUGGGGAUCACAGGUCCUGAAGGGCAUGUGCUGAGCAGACCCGAAGAGGUGGAGGCAGAGGCUGUGAACCGGGCAAUAACCAUCGCCAACCAAACCAACUGCCCCCUUUAUAUCACCAAGGUGAUGAGCAAAAGUGCCGCUGAUGUCAUUGCUCAAGCCAGGAAAAAGGGCACCGUGGUGUACGGAGAGCCCAUCACAGCCAGCUUGGGUACCGAUGGAUCUCACUACUGGAGCAAGAACUGGGCCAAGGCAGCAGCUUUUGUUACUUCCCCACCACUGAGUCCUGACCCAACCACUCCUGAUUUUCUCAACUCGCUACUGGCCUGCGGAGACCUCCAAGUUACUGGCAGUGGCCACUGCACCUUCAACACUGCUCAGAAAGCUGUUGGGAAGGACAACUUCACCCUGAUCCCUGAAGGAACCAAUGGGACUGAAGAGAGGAUGUCCAUCAUCUGGGAUAAGGCUGUGGUGACUGGUAAGAUGGAUGAGAACCAGUUUGUGGCCGUGACCAGCACAAACGCAGCCAAAAUCUUCAACCUGUACCCGCGGAAGGGCCGUAUUGCAGUGGGCUCGGAUGCUGAUCUGGUUAUCUGGGAUCCUGACAGCGUCAAGACAAUCUCUGCCAAGACUCAUAACAUAUCUCUGGAGUACAAUAUCUUUGAGGGCAUGGAGUGCCGUGGGUCUCCGCUGGUGGUGAUCAGCCAGGGCAAGAUCGUGCUGGAGGACGGGAAUCUCCACGUCACCGAGGGAUCCGGACGGUAUAUCCCCAGGAAACCCUUCCCUGACUUCGUUUACAAGCGCAUCAAAGCGAGGAGCAGGCUGGCCGAGCUGCGGGGUGUCCCUCGAGGCCUCUACGACGGACCCGUCUGCGAAGUGUCAGUGACACCCAAGACCGUCACACCAGCAUCUUCAGCUAAGACGUCUCCUGCCAAACAGCAGGCGCCACCCGUGAGGAACCUGCACCAGUCUGGGUUCAGCUUGUCUGGGGCACAGAUCGAUGACAACAUCCCCCGCCGCACGACCCAGCGCAUCGUGGCGCCGCCCGGCGGACGUGCCAACAUCACCAGCUUGGGCUAAGGACCGACCCCUUCUGUGCCCGCCUAGCGGACCGGGGGACGGGGGCACCGGGAGACCCUUUAUUGAUUCUUUUAGAGCCUGUGACAGUUACUGCGGGCAACCAGUGAGGGGGGCUGAAGUAAGGCGCCUCUUUCAGUCCCCUCAGAUUCCCUCCUCAUCUUCACCAACCCCUCUCACUUUUCCCCCCCUCAGCCACUACACAUUUAAGGAAAUAAACCCCGUUUUGACACCUCUGACACGCAAAAGUAAAUGUAAAGAGGAUGUUUGAGGUAUGUGGCCUCUGUCCCAUUCAGCAUCUUUCUUUUAAUAAAGGAAGGACAAAGUGAAUUUCCCGGGAGCUGCCUUUAAGACACACACAAAAAAAAAGGAAUAAAGAAAUAAUAAAUGUUUAAAAUAGCUUUUUUUUUUUUUUUUUAAAUGUCAAGCAGAAGAGUAGUUCAAGGGUUUAAAACUGGAUAUUCCGUAGGGUUCUGUGUUCCAGCAGAAUAGCUAGAGAAGCGCAGAGGGACACCCAUCCCGGCCUGUGUGUCACCAUCCCCACCGCCGCCUUUGGGGCCGCUGAGUAGCUGUGCUGCCAGGAGAGGAGCAGGACCCAGCACUAGGAGCUGACAAAGCCGCCGGGUGAGCUAGAAUCCUUGGGGACUUCGGUUCUGUUGGUUUGUUUUUCCAUUAUUUUUUAUUAUUCCUUCUGGAUUUUGCUGCAAAUUAGGUCCUUGAGGAAAUUUUUCGUUCUUCACGUUUGUGUGUGUGUUUUUAAUAUGUUUGUAUCAUUGUGUUUACGAAGCCUUAUCUCAGAACUGGGGGAUCUCCCCGUUCUUCUCGGUCCUUCCCAAACCUCAUCCAAGUGACAGACUCCUGCUCGUGUCACUGUCCCCCUGGUACUUGGGGUGUUCCUGGGUUGCAUCGUUCCAGCCAGCACUUGCCACUUAACUGCAACAGGAGGCCGCGGAGCAGGUUCAUAAGCUAUGAUCUUCACUUCACUUCACUUCACUUCACUACUAGGUCUUGAGCUGGUGCAAACAAAGGGCUGGAUGCCAGCUGAGGAGCUGGGGUGGAAUCCCUUGAGAAGUUUUUAGUAGUUAGUUUGUCUUUCAUUCCUGGAGGUGGAAACCGAUGAGCAGGGGGCCAAGCGCAAAGAGCAAUAUGUUGCUUGAAAGGUUUCUAUAGCAGCCACGUUCCCCCUUCCUGGCCAUCGAUGAAUGGUUAUUUAAAACUUUAUGAGAGUUUAUCUUUAGCUCCCAUUGAAAGGCCGAUCAGUUGAGCGUGUGCCUGAGCAUCUGUGGCGAUUCCAGCUCAAGUCCAGAUGCCCAGCUGUUGGAGCUGGGAGCCUCAGAGCAACAGGGUCAACAGCAGCUGAGAAUCUCUCGUACAUGGCGCGAAUUUCAGUCUCUCGUUCCUUCAGGAAUCUGCCUUUGUGCAAAUAUUCAUGAGGACGCCUGGUGAUUCCCCACCCUCCUCAGAUUUGAGAAACCAGAGGCCACGAGUGAUCUUGAAAUGAAUUUAGGAGCCCCAGCUUCUCCGACUGUCGGUGGGAUCUGGGCGUUUAAGUGUCUUCGAGGGCUGAAGGUCUUUUAUCCUUUAGGCUCAUUAUUUUCAGGGCAUGGAGAAUAAACCUGUGCCGUUAGGUUCCCGCUCAGCUGGAGGGCUCAAUGGUCCCCAGAACUCGGCCUGUCCUUAGCACAGAGCUUUUGCAGCCGGGGUUCUGCCCCGUGUCACCCGCUGUCCGUACACCCUGCCACUUGGCUGCAUCUUCUGCUGUCUCUUCUAUUUGUACUUUGCCAUGUACAUCGACCUCGUUUUUCCAUGUUUGUAUUUUCUUAAAUGGUGUUUACAGGUUCCUUUAGGGAAAAAAACAACUAUAUGAAGGCUUUUAAGAAACAAAUACCAAAUUUGUUGAUAUGAAGUAUCAAUGCUGGGAUUCGCAAAGGAUCUGGAAGCUCUGUAGGUACCCAAACCCUCCCAGCUUCAGCACCUCAUUCCUUUAGGCCCUUUUGGAUACCGAAGUAAGAAAAACAUUGCCAUAUUCAUCCAAGCAUUUUGCAUUUAGGUUUAACUCUUGAGUCUUUUAGUUUUGCAUAAAAGAGUUUGCACUUUGUUUGUUAAGUAGUCCGUGAACUUAAUAUAUAUUGCAGCUAUUUGAACGAGUUGGGGAGAAAAAGAAAGAAUUGCAGAUCCGUUUCAAUUCUCCGAAACACUUGCAGCUCUUCAGUAUUCACUUAAGUCUUCCUUUUUUUUCCUUCACUGACUCAUGAUGACUUUUGAGUUUUAAUUUGUUCUUCAAAAGCAAAAAAAAAUCACAAAAAAAGCUUUUUGCAGGCUAUGUAAGCAUGUUUUUUCCUGUGAGAGCUCGUCCGCUUUGUGUCUGUUUAAUGAAUGUCAUAUGUAAAUGCUUAAAGAAAAAACAAGACGAUGAGUUAAUUAAUUAACCGCAGUGACUUGAAGCUCUAAAAAUAAAAAAAGAAGUAGGAUUUAAUACUAGCUGGAUUUAACCCUUGGAUUUGUGAUUGUGAACCAUGAGUGGAGGAGCUGUAAGUGCUAAAGCUGAUCAUGUGUGUAGACAAAAAGAAGUACUGAUAUUUGACCAUUGUCUCAAUGGCAAAAAAUCCCCCACCCCAACCCCAAGUCUUGUGUUUUAUUCCUUAAGAACUCUGUGUUAUAUUACCAUGGGAACUCCUAAUAAAGACAAAAUGUUGUUGUUUCA